CUGAGCGCGAGUUCAUCAGACUGGGCUGUCUCUACAAACAUUCCACUAAGGGUCUGCAGCAGCGGAUGCUCUUUCUGUUCAGUGACCUGUUGCUGAUAGCGUCCAAGUGCUCGGUGUCUCAGUUCCGGGCACACCUCGCACUGCCGCUGCACUCGCUGCAGCUGCUGCCCUCCGACCUGCCGCACUCCUUCACACUCUCAGGCGAGGACACGUGCGUGGUGGUGACGGCUGGCAGCGCGGCGGAGCAGGCGGGCUGGUGCGACGCGCUCGCCGCCGCCAUCGAGAGAGCGCGCGAGCGACCCACACACGUCGACACACAGCUCACACCCGCACACACUGACGAGUCGUCUAGCGGUGGCGGCGGUGCGGGCGGGGCGCUGACGUUCGUGUGCUGGCACCGCGCUGCCUCGCUCACACGGCAGCACCUCAACCUCGCCAUGCGGACUCAACUGUCGGGCUACCUGCUGCGGAAGUUCAAGAACUCGCACGGAUGGCAGAAGCUGUGGGUGGUGUUCGCCGCCUUCACCCUGUUCUUCUACAAGAGCUGGCAGGAUGAGACACCGCUCGCCUCUUUGCCGUUACUUGGGUACGCGGUGUGUGCGCCGGCGCCGGAGGACGGCAUCGACAAGGAGUUCGUGUUCAAGCUGCAGUUCAAGAACCACGUCUACUUCUUCCGCGCUGACAGCCACUUUACAUAUACAAGGUGGAUAGAAGUGCUGCAGACUCCGAUGUUACAUUGAAUACGUCACAAACAAGACGAGAAGAUUAUUUUGUAUUAUGAACUCACCAAAGUCUAAUUCGGAAUCGUGUAUACAUUGAAUGUAUACAAUAUUUAAAUUGGAAAUAUCUGAUAAGGUACUACUGUGCAAUUGUCAUACUAUUUAACCGUAGAAUUCCACUGUCGUGGUACUUGAAAACAAGUCUUUAUUCCAAGGUAAUUGAAACUUUUUAGUAACUAUAGUAACUUUGUAGUAACUGAUAGUAACCUUUACUAUGAAUAUGUUAUAGAAAACAGGUGAUAAAUUACAGUAUAUACUAAUAAUUUGACAUAUUUUUUUAUUAUGGACAGUGUUAUGCAAGAUAAGCGUUAACUGUAGUUUUAAAUUUCAUAUGCAGUUUUUUUUUGUAUUUUUGCAACCCAUCGAUGUUUCCAUUGUUAAAAAAAUAUUUUAUUGGCCUAAUAUUUAACAGAAAAUUAAUCUGUCAUUGUAAGAUAAAUAAAAAUCUUCAUAUGAUUGUAAGAAAUCUAAUUUAUUUAAUUUAAUUUUUUAAGAGAAAUAGUAGAUUAAGUUUUAUUAUUAUUAGCUUCGAGGUCGGCCUGUACAAAUUAUUUAUAAAAUCAAUACCGCCUCGGAAUACAAAACAGUUAGACAAAUAUUAAUUAUUUAAAUUAAAUGUAUUAUUCAAACUUACGUGAGACAUUAUACUAAACUAAUAUAUAAA